UAUUUCAGUGCGCGAUUGUCGUCGGUGGUAAACGAGGGUUCCUCUGCAAAUCGUUCUGUACUUCAAAUCUUCCAUCAUUUAUCUCUGCGAAACAAUUUUUCGAGUAAACAGUUAAUAGUUGAAUUGUUUAAAUGGUUAAGACUUUAAUAUUCAAUUGAGUGAUAUUUUUGUGUGCUAAUAUCAAGGAUUAUGAGCUAAUUUGGACUUCAAACAACUGGUGCUAAUUUUGCCAAAGUUGUUAAUUACCAUAUCACUGGAUGACGAAGAAAACUAGGCAUAGAAAAAUGCCCGUUUACAAUAUCAUCACAAGGAGAUGUAAGGCUGAAGAUCUAAUAGACGAUUUACUUUCAUUGGAAUCUAGCUCAUUGGCUUCCGAUGGUUUCAAAACCGACAAUUCCCUGACCGGAAAUGAUCUCGAUAUCAAAAACGAACCAUAUUUACUCAGCGAUGCCGAGUUACACGCCCUCGCCAAAGAUCGACAGAAAAAAGAUAACCAUAACAUGAUUGAACGUAGGAGGAGAUUCAAUAUAAAUGAUCGCAUAAAAGAACUAGGCACCCUUCUACCGAAAAAUAACGACCCUUACUACGAAAUUGUGAGAGACGUCCGUCCAAACAAGGGAACAAUACUCAAGUCCUCAGUCGAAUAUAUCAAGUGUUUGAAAAACGAAGUUCAGAGACUCAAACAACAGGAGGCAAGACAAAAACAGAUGGAAAGUAUGAACAGAAGACUUCAAUUGCGAGUACAGGAACUCGAAAGGCAAGCGAAAUCACAUGGUCUUCCAAUAUCUGAUUUUAACUGGCAAAAUGUAUCAGUUACAUCACCACCCCCUUAUAAUUCGUACAAUAACCAACAAAAUCCACCAACCACAGCAGCAACUUUAAUUCCUCCGGUAAUUUUACCCGAUCCUAGCAGAAAGCUGACAGAUGUUAUGCCUGACGUAAUAUCUGACGCCUUGUCAGACGCUUCUCUCAGUUUGUCAGCGAUGGAAGAAGCGAUGGACGAUGACGAUCUCGUUUACGGAGUCAACGGUGACCCGAUGCUAUCGUCCCCAAAUGCCUUACAAACCGACGUUUUGCUGACGUCAUCCACGCAGCAUAGUUCGGGGGAUCCCCUCUUGUACGAACAGCGUCUACCCACUCCUACACCUUCGAGUCAUAUCGAGCAAGAUGUCGAUACUCUGGAUAUGGAUAUGAUAGCAUAGUAUUAGACUGUUUCUUGUGGUAAUAUUGAAAAUGUUGCGCUGGUCGCUUGAAAAAUGUAGUAUUUUUAUCGAUACAAAGUUAUUCAGUGUUACUGACGGAGAAUCCCAAAAAAAGGUGCAAAAUCCCGAAUUUGGCGCACAUUUUUAGGAACUUUCAUGUGUGUAGUAAAUAUACGAAUAUCUCUGAAUGCCAGUUGAAGUACAAAAUGUGUUUGGAGAGUAACAGUGAAAAAUGAUAAAUGAAAUUUUCUCAAUUUCCAAUAUGAUCGCCUACCACGUAGUAACGGAUACAUCCAUCAAUUUACAAUGAAAUAUUUUCAUCAAUUUUUUCUUAUGUUCUGCUAGUUGUUGAAUCAACAAUAUUUUUUCUUGUAAGUUCUCAGAAACAGCUCCAUUUUUAUAAAAUUUUUGUUGUUUCAUAUUAUUCGAAAUCAUUAACUUUUUGAAGUGGGGACAAAAUUUCAUAUUAUUUAAACAUUAUUUAUGAUAUUUAUAUAAAAAUUUCAGUUUUCGUUUUUAAUUCUUCAUAUACUAAUUAGUAUUACAACAAUUUGAAAUCCCUGAAAGAAUCAAUACAAUUAAAAAGAUCAGCUGAAAAAUAACAAGUAUAUUCAGCAAAAAAA